AUGCCACCUGGACGGAGCGCCGAGAAGAGCCCCGCAUUAGCGGCCGCGGCUCAAACAGCUUCCCCACCAAGCUCCCGGAGAGCUUUUGUUUGCUUAGUCGGCUUCGUCUUGACCCUUUUGGUUGUUUACGGACUUUACACGCCUAGCCGGAGUUUCUAUGACACCGGAAAAUGGUUCCCCGGAGCCUCCACUAAUAUCGCCGACAUCGACGCAGAUAAUGACUUGUAUCUCAUCGGCGCUGGCCGCGCCGACAUCACGGGCCCGGUCGUAGAAAUCAACAUGAUGGGCUACGCAGACCCCAAACAGCUUGGCACCGGCCUCCGACAGAGGUUGUACGCCCGCGCUUUCAUCGUCGGAAGUGUGGAAAGGCGCAACGACAGAUUCAUCUAUGUUGUAUUGGACACACAGUCGGGAGACACAGCUGUUCGGUAUGGCGUCCUCCACGGGCUCGCCGAGCUGGGGUUCGAUUACUCCAUGUACGGACAUCACAACCUGGCACUGACCGGAACACAUUCUCACUCCGGUCCGGGUGCUUGGCUGAACUAUCUACUACCCCAGAUUACCAGUAAAGGCUUCGACAAGCAAAGCUAUCAAGCCAUUGUCGACGGCACGCUACUGGCAAUACGGCGCGCUCACGAGAGCUUGGAGCCAGGGCACAUCAGUAUUGGCUCAACCAAGGUCACCGGCGCCAACAUCAACCGCAGCUUGUAUGCGUACAUGGCUAAUCCGGAAGAGGAGCGCGCCAAGUACAACAUCAGUGCUCAGGAGGAUGGGUCUGUUGAGAAAGACAUGACCCUGCUGAAGUUCCAACGAGCUUCUGACGGCAAAAGCAUUGGUGUGCUAACAUGGUUUCCAACCCACGGCACCUCCAUGCUUGGCAACAACACGCUCAUCUCGGGAGACAACAAGGGCGUAGCGGCCUGGCUUUUUGAGAAGAGUGUGCGAGGGAACUCCCAUGCGACUAAAGACUUCGUUGCUGGCUUCUCUCAGGCGAACAUGGGGGAUGUCAGUCCUAAUGUGCUGGGCGCUUUCUGCGAGGACGGCUCUGGCGAUCUGUGCGACUUCAAGACAAGUACUUGCAGCGACGGAAAGAGCCAGAAGUGCCAUGCCAGAGGUCCAUUCUUCCGGAAGAAGGACAAUGGAGCCGCCUCGUGUUUUGAAAUUGGCAAGAGACAGUACACCGCUGCCAAAAAACUAUUUGACGACAUGGGACCCAGCGCCCAGCGAGUCCGCGGCUCAUGGGUCAGGUCAUUCCACACCUUCCAUAACAUGUCGGAGUUUCAGUUCGAGCUGCCUAACGGGACAGAAGUACGGACCUGUCCUGCGGCAUUGGGGUACUCUUUCGCAGCGGGGACGUCUGACGGCCCUGGUGCGUUUGACUUUACUCAACACGACUCAAACUCGUCGAACACGUCGCCCCUUUGGAAGGUCGUUGGCGGGUUGCUGAAGGCACCCACCCAGGAUCAAAUCGCCUGUCAUGCUCCUAAACCGGUUCUGCUGGAUGUCGGCGAGGUCUUCAACCCGUACCAGUGGACACCCAACAUUGUGGAUAUCCAGGCAUUCCGAGUUGGGCAAUUGGUCAUCAUCGUUAGCCCUGGAGAGGCAUCCACUAUGGCAGGACGGCGAUGGAAAGAUGCCGUCAGACACGAGGCCGAGUCCCUGUUUGCCGAUGAGGCUGGUGUCAAACCUGUGGUUGUAAUUGGAGGGCCAGCAAACAGUUAUACGCACUACAUUACAACGCAACAGGAAUACGGAAUACAACGAUAUGAGGGCGCCUCAACUCUAUAUGGACCCUAUACGCUAGAUGCAUACAUCAACCGAACUCUUCAAUACCUACCCACUCUGAGUGCUUCUUUCACGAAGGGGCCACCUCCUCAUGCCGGAGGCCCAUACCCCCCCGACAACAGCAAUCGAUCUUUGAGUUUUAUCACUGGCGUAGUGCGAGAUGGAACGCCCGUCUUCCGCAGCUUUGGCGACGUCAAGACAGAUGUGGACAAGAAGUACACUGUUGGAGAUGUUGUGCGAGCCACCUUCGUCGGGGCUAACCCUCGCAACAAUCUGCGCCUGGAGCAGAAUUACGCUGUUGUCGAGAAACUGGUGAUUGACAAGGGCGUCAUCAAACAAUGGAAACCAGUGCGGGACGACAACGACUGGAGUCUAAUUUUCAACUGGAGACGGACGAGUGACAUACUCGCCACGAGCGAAGUCGAGAUUGUAUGGGAGACGGAGAACGACGGUGAGCCAGGGACGUACCGGUUCCGCUACUAUGGAGACUCCAAGUCGCUGGGUGGCAAGAUCACGAGUUUUGAAGGAGUGAGUGGACAGUUCAGACUGUAUUAA